AUGCUGCGGCUUGUCGUGUGGUCGGCCAAGAUCAGCCCAUCCCUGAGCCCCCCACCCAGACCCUGCGUGUCCGUGUACUUCAGAGAUGUCCAGAGGACAACUCAUGAGGUGGAAGGCAAUCACCCCAUAUGGAACGAGACCCUCAUCUGGCACCUCCAGAACCGCCCCCUGCAAAAGGACUCUUUCCUGCAAGUCACCCUUCGGGACAUGGGCUCAGUAAAGAAGGAAAGGUUCAUCGGCCUGGCCACAGUACUGCUCAAGCCCUUGAUGAAAAAGCCAAGUGAGAUCCUUUUCGUGAAGGACCUGACCCUGCUCAACCAUUCCAUGAUGCCCACAGAUUGCACUCUCACCCUACAGGUGGCCCUUAUGACCCCCAAGGAUAUCGAGAAGAUAGGCGAUGAAGACCACCUGGCCAUAAUGGCACAAGAGGUGGCCAGGCAGCAACGGAUGUUUCCCAGCUCCGCUGUACACAAGGCUCUGUCCCCAAAGCCUCAGCACUUCCAGGUCCGAGUGAAGGUGUUUGAAGCCCGGCAGCUCAUGGGCAAGGACAUCAAGCCGGUGGUGAAGGUGGUCAUCGGAGGCUACCAGCACCACACGCGGAUCAAGAUGGGAAAUAACCCUUUCUUCAAUGAGAUCUUCUUUCAGAAUUUUUGUGAGGCUCCUGCAAAAUUCUUCGACGACACCAUCUUAAUCCAGGUGAUGAAUUCCUCAGUGAUGAGAUUCAAUGCAGAGAUCGGGAGAUUCCAAACAGAUAUUGGGUUCAUCUACAACUCUCCAGGUCACACACUCCUGAGGAAAUGGCUUGGCCUCUGCCAGCCAAAUGAACCCAGCAGUGGUGUGAGGGGCUACCUGAAAGUCACCAUCUCUGCCCUCGGUGUGGGAGACCAGGCACCGGUAGAUCAAAAGCUGACCUACAGGGCUGAUGACACUGACAUUCAGAUCUUCAAGUCAUCGGUGGUGCCCAUCAAUGUGGCCUACUUACAGUUCUUCAUCUACUGCGCCGAGGAUCUCCACCUCAAGAAACACCACUCAGUGAGUCCUAUGUUGGAGGUGGAACUAAUUGGGGAAAAGCUCAAGACACACGUGCGGAUGCAAACCGAGAGCCCCAUAUGGAACCAGAUCCUGACCUUCCAGAUUCAGCUGCCCUGCCUCUCCAGCUACAUCAAGUUCAGAGUCUUGGACUGCCCCGGGAACAAGUGCCAUGAUGAGAUCGGGACGGUCAGCCUGUCCCUCAACCAGAUCUCGUCCACUGGAGCAGAAAUAGAAGGCAUGUACUCUGGCUUCCUCCCCUGCUUUGGCCCCAGCUUCCUGACUCUCCGUGGGGGUAAAAAGGCCCCUUUCAGGAUCAAGGAGGAAGACGCUACUAUUCCCAACAUUGUUAAGGAUGGUUUAGCUUAUCGAGGUCGAGUCUUCCUGGAGUUAAUCACCCACGUCAAGUCCCAUCAAGAUGCUACGAUGAAGGAUCUCUCCCAAGAUGUGAUCAGCGUAGAGAAGCACCAGAACCGCCAGAAGUAUGGACUGUGCGUCAUCUUCCUUUCCUGUACCAUGAUGCCCAACUUUAAGGACCUGAUACAAUUCGAGGUCAGCAUUGGUCACUAUGGAAACAAGACGGACCUGAGUUACAAGCCUCUCGUCUCCACCACACAGUACAGCCAAGUGAUAUAUGAUGGGAACAUCUACCAUUAUGUGCCCUGGUACAACACCAAGCCCGUCGUGGCCGUGACCUCCUACUGGGAGGACGUCAGCUUCCGCAUGAACUGCCUCAACCUCCUCCAGUUCACUCGGGACCGCCUGAAAGCCAAUCUGGACACCCUGAAAUCCAUGAGGAAUCCAAGGGACCCGGCUCUACUCCUCCAGUGGGAGAAACUGCUGAGGGAGCUGAUGGAGGACUGCAAGCGCCCACUGCCCUGCAUGACUGAUCAGCCCAAAGCAACCGACCUGGACAAGAAGAGGUGGCAGCUCCGCAGCCUCCUUCUGCAGGAGCUGGCCCGGAAGGCCAAGGAAGCCCAGCCCAGGGACAUGGUGGCCACCGUGGAGGGCUGGCUGUACCGCCUCAACGCCGUGCUCCCCGAGCCCCAGACAAACCUCCCGGACGUGAUGAUCUGGCUGAUGUCCCGGGAGCAGCGAGUGGCCUAUGCACAGGUGCCCGCCCACACCAUCCUGUUCUCCCCGACCGGGGCCCGGCACUCCGGCAGGUUCUGUGGGAAGACACAGACCCUCUUCCUGCAGUACCCAGAGGGUGAAGGAAAGAAGGACACGCUCCCGGCCCAGCUCCGGGUCUGCAUGUGGCUCGGCAACGUGACCGACAGCAAGGAUCUGCAGCUGCUCCGCCAGGGCGAAGUGGUCGUGUCCGCGGAGACGUACGAGAACGAGGCCAAGUAUAAGGACCAGUGGGGACAGCAGUGGCUGCAGCACUGCCCCAGCUUCUCGGACGUCAUGGGGCACAAGGCCCUCCCCAAGGAAGAUUUCAAGGAGCCCCAUGGAUGGCACUGGCAGGGGCCAUGGACAGUGGAACCUCAGCGGAGGCUCCUCCUGGACACAGACAUCAACAAGAGCCAGGUGCUGGAGGAGGUGUACGAGAACCAGUGCCGAGACGCCACGGGGGCCUGGGUGCCUGCCGCCAUCCCCAACACAGACGUGAACGGAGAACCCGUGGAGGCCCGGGAGAAUGUGAACUGCCCCCAAGGCUGGCACGUGAAGAAGAACUGGGCUGUGGAGCUGAACCACGCAGUGGACAGUGACGGCUGGGAGUACGGAGUGGGCAUCCCGCCCUCGGGGCUGCCCCAGGUCUGGAACUCGGUGGAGAAGACCUACUACUCCUGCCGCCGCCGGCGCUGGGCGCGCGUGCGCUACCGGGACCACAGGAGGCUGAGCCACGAGCAGGAGACCCUGUCCUUCCUGCAGCUGCACCACCCCAGCCUGGCUGAGGACGAGGAAGGCUGGGAGUACGGCGUCUUCGGCUCCAAGUUCCACCUGAACCCUCAGCCCCAGAGCCAGUUCCGCCGCCGCCGCUGGCACCGCAGGCUGGCCCCCAACAAGGUCAAGGGCAUUGCACCCAUAUUCCUCCUGGAGGGAUCCUUGAGUCUAGAUAUGAAACAGCAAGCUAAGAGGGAAGCGGACGUGGUGUCGUCGACACGGAGACUAGACAGAAUCAGGAGCUCCUGGAGGGCUCCCCCAGAGAUCACCCAGCCACCCAACCUGCCCUUCAUCUACUGCAUCUUCAACAGUGAGCAUUCAAUUGAGAGUCGGCUUGGGUGGCCCCGGAGACACCCAGCACCUGAGGGCAGGGAGCAGGGGGCAUGGGGUGGGGAUCCUGGGGACGGGUGGCGGACACAGCUCCUCUCUUACCCAGAGCCCCACUACUACCAGCUCUUCUGCUACAUCUACCAGGCCCGGAACCUGAUGUCCAACCACAUCCAGACAUUCCAGGCGCCCUUCAUUCGGUUGGUCUUCUUGAACCACAGCCAGUGUACCCAAACCCUGAAGAGCUCUGCAGCCCCUACGUGGGCCCAGACGCUCAUCUUCCAGCACCUCCUCCUGUACGAGAACCCCCAGGACACCAAAGAGAGCCCACCAUUCGUGGUGUUGGAACUGUGGCAGCGGGACCCCCAGGGCAAUGAGAGCUUGUGGGGACGGAGCAUGUGGUCACCGGUGGUCUGGCUGGAUGUCCAAAAACGGAUCCUGCCCCCCAUGAGGUGGCACCCCCUUGUAAAAGGGUUGGAGGAGGAAGAGGGCGAGAUCUUGGCAUCCUGUGAGCUGAUCCUCGAGACUGAGGUGCUGGGAGAGAGGCAGCUGCCACUCUUAAGUGUGCCCUGGAAGAGUGGGAUCUACAUCCUCCCCAAGAGCAUCCAGCCCACGCUAAGGAAAAUGGCUAUUGAGAUGCUGGUCUGGGGCCUUCGGAACAUGAAGCAGGUGCGUUCGCCCCGGCUCCUGGUGGAAUGCUGGGAAGAGUCCGUGCAGACAGAGCCCAUCAGGGACUUCCAGACCAAUCCCAACUUCACCCAGUCAACCCUCUUCCUCACACUGUACAUGCCUACGGAUGAGGCCUUCGCGCUGCCCCUGGUGCUGAAGGUGGUGGACAACCAGGACUUCGGCCAGGAGACCGUGGUGGGUCAGGCCAACGUUGACUCCCUACAGCCCUACUUCUGUGACCCGUGGGCUCAGGACUACAUGCCCCCACGGCCUCCAAUGCUGUCUGUGAAGAAGUACCAGGAGCUCCUAGGUUACCUUUAUGAAAAGUUCUGGUUCAAGUCCAGCAACGCUGAGGAUGAACACGACCAGGAAGUGGACUGGUGGAGCAAGCUGUUCUGGGCCACAGGAGAUGCUCCCCUGUCCCUAAAGUACAAGUACAAAGAGUAUCACACCCUGAAGGUAUACGACUGCGAGCUGGAGGCCGUGCCAGCCUUCCAGGGCCUGCAGGACUUCUGCCAGACCUUCAGACUCUACCAAGAAAGGCCCAAGCUGGACAGCCCUGUGGUAGGGGAGUUCAAGGGCCAAUUCCGUGUCUACCCCUUUCCUGAGAAUCCAGACACCCCCAAGCCCCCUCGCCAGUUCCUGCCUUGGCCUAAGAAAGAGGACUUCCCUCAGCAGUGCUUGGUGCGGGUGUACGUGGUGCGAGCAGCCAACCUGCAGCCCCAAGACACCAACGGCCUGUGUGACCCUUAUGUGAUCCUGAAACUGGGAAAGACAAAGCUUGGCAACCGGGACAAGUACCAGCCCAACACUCUGGACCCCAUCUUUGGCGUGAUGUUUGAAAUGAGCUGCACCAUCCCCCUGGAGAAGGACCUAGAGAUCCAGCUGUAUGACUUUGACCUAUUUUCACCCGAUGAUAAGAUUGGAACCACAGUCAUUGACCUUGAAAACCGACUCCUGUCUGGCUUUGGAGCUCGUUGUGGGCUCUCCAAAUCCUACUGCCAGUCAGGGCCCUUUAGGUGGCGGGAUCAGAUGCCCCCAAGCCUGCUCUUGGAACACCAUGCCAGGCAGAAAGGACUGCCUCCGCCUCUGUUCAGCCCUGAGGAUGACUCUGUGUUUUACAAUGGGAAAAAAUUCAGACUGCAAAGCUUUGAGCUGAAGCCCCCUACUGCUCGCUUUUUGGGAUCUAAGAAAGAACGCCUUGCGCUGUACCUCCUGCACACCCAGGGACUGGUACCUGAGCACGUGGAGACCCGCACGCUGUACAGCGACAGCCAGCCGGGCAUCGACCAGGGAAAGGUGCAAAUGUGGGUGGACAUCUUCCCCAAGAAGCUUGGUCCUCCUGGCCCCCCAUUCAACAUUGGGCCCAGAAAGCCUAGGAGGUAUGAGCUGCGCUGCAUUAUCUGGAAAACUGCCCACAUGGACCUGAAGGAAAACAGUUUAAGUACCGAGAGGAUGAGCGACAUCUAUGUCAAAGGGUGGUUAUUCGGGCUGGAGAAGGACAUGCAGAAGACAGAUGUCCACUACCACUCCCUGACGGGGGAGGGCAUCUUCAAUUGGCGGUUCAUCUUCACCUUGGACUACCUGGCAGCAGAGCAAGCGUGCGUCUUGAGUCAGAAGGACUACAUAUGGAGCCUGGACCCCACGGUGAUGAAGUUCCCAGCCCGGCUCAUCAUCCAGAUCUGGGACAAUAACAUCAUCUCCGCGGAUGACUUCCUGGGGGUCCUGGAGCUGGAUUUGUCUGACAUGCCCCUCCCGGCCCGGCACGCCAAGCUAUGCUCCAUCAGGAUGAUGGAUGCUGACCCCAAGCGGCCUCACUUCCUCCAGUACAAGCACUGCUCCCUCUUUAAGAUGAAGACUGUAAGCGGCUGGUGGCCUUGCCAGGUCCUCGAUGGCGGCAAAUGGCGCUUGUCGGGUAAAGUGAAGAUGACCCUGGAGAUUUUGACAGAGAAGGAAGCCUUAAUCAAGGCAGCAGGAAGAGGCCAGUCGGAACCCAACCAAUACCCUACACUCCAUCCUCCCCUACGCACCCAUACCUUGCUCAUGUGGUUUCGGUCACCCGUUACAAGGUUCAUCCAUGUUUUCUGGAAACGCUACCGCUUCAAAAUCAUAGCCAUCUCAAUCAUCCUGCUUAUAGGGCUUCUGCUGUUCAACUUUAUCUAUUCAGCUCCAAACUAUUUGGCCAUGAGCUGGGUCAAGCCUGAACUUCGGCUGAGCGCUCCCAUUCAAAUAUACGCCAAUAUCAUCAAUUCACUAAACACCAGCAACGCCAACUCUUCCAACCUCACCACCCAUCAGAACCUGAAAUCUACAACAGGCCAUAAGCUGAAACUCCUCCAGGGACACAUAAAUCACCUGUGAGCUAUUUUCCCAGAACUUCCAGCCCCACCAGACUAAUUCCCCCCAUGUCUGCCAGGCUUUUCUCCUGCCCAUCCACAGCACUACCCUUGGGCUUCCUACCAGUUCCUUGUUUCCGGGGUCUAGGGAUAUUCUGACCAUUCUGUUCAGACCACUUCCAACAAGAA